AUGGGAGAGACGCGGGAAGCGCUGUUCGCGGCGCUUGGCGCCAAGUCCUUUUGGAGAUGGCCCGCAGAGGGCUUUGAGCUGGGCUCGGACAGUGCAAAGGCCACAUUGCGCGGCUUGCAGUUGCACGACUUUCGAACAGGGCUAGACAGGUGGCUCAAGGUGUCCGCAAAGUGUGCCGACCGAAGCACCGCAACGCGGAUGGCUUACUUCCACGGCUUCAGCAGAGGUGGCUCGGGCUAUGCUCCGGACUUUGAGGGCAAUGAGUCAUCAGAUGAUGAGGCUGCAGGUGUGACUUGCGCCCGCCCCGGGUGCUCAAAGCCGCCUUGGAACGGCGCACAGGGCGAGUACUGUGGCAGAUCGUGCCGAGACAGCUCAACUUCUGCCGUGCCAACUGCAGCAGCUGCAGGUGUGACUUGCGCCCGCCCCGGGUGCUCAAAGCCGUCUUGGAACGGCGCGCAGGGCGAGUACUGCGGCAAAUCGUGCCGAGACAGCUCAACUUCUGCUGCGCCAACUGCAGCAGCUGCAGGUGUGACUUGCGCCCGCCCCGGGUGCUCAAAGCCGUCUUGGAACGGCGCACAGGGCGAGUACUGCGGCAAAUCGUGCCGAGACAGCUCGACUUCUGCCGCGCCAACUGCAGCAGCUGCUUCACAGGCGGGGGCAUCCUGCGUGCCUGCCACGCAGCAACAGUUCGACAGCGUGAAACAGCAGUUCCAGAAGUCUUGGAACACGGGCAGCCCGCCGCAGAUCCGCGCCAUCUUCAAGAUCCACGCGAGCAGCGCGGUAGCAACAGCUUAUCACAGUAAAUGCAGCAGUAUUGGGCCCAUGGCGGCGCAUGGCAAUGGAAGCAAACUCGCCAACCAACAACGGCGCUUUCACGGCACACGGCAGAGCUGCGCCUUCUCCGGGCAGCCGUGCACCAAUCCAGGCUGCCGAGCCUGUUCUAUCAUCCGUGGCGGCUUCCAGAUCAAGCACUUGUCGGCCAACACACAGAACAGGGGUGCUUUUGGUCCGGGGCACUACACCUCUGCCAAGUCAUCGACGGCAAAGGGUUAUGGCAACGUCCUCAUUGUCACCAUUGUGGCCGUCGGGAUCACCGACGUGGUGCAGGACCCCACGUUGUCGGCUACUGUUCUUGCCAAACGGCUUGGUGUGAUGACAAACGCAGCCGCAAGCCGCAUCUCAGUUCUGGAAGGUCGGCGCCGCUUCCGCCUGGACGCCAUUCACGAGUGGCCAACAAGUCCACUGGCAAUGAUGAACUGAUGGUCCCUGGCGACGACCAGAUGCUGCCGUCUUACUUGGUCCUGUUCUGAGAGCGGUGAUCAGAAGCCACUGGGCGCAAAGGCACUCUCUGCAAAACUUGCAAGAGCGCCUGUGCUGCUCUUAAUUUGUGGCACCCGCCAGGCAGUGC